AAGACGGAGAAACAUUUACUUACAUUGCAGUUUCAUAUUGCAUCUAUAUUAUAGUUUAUUAUUAUCUUGAAUAUUUUGCGUGUGCUAUGGAAAAGAAAAACAAUUUGCUGUUUUUGGCAGUGUUUCUUAUGGCGUUGCGUUAUGCUCCAACCUGCCAGGGACAAGAUGAAUUAAAAUGUCAGAACGUACCUUACGACUGUGAAACAAAAUGCCUUAAUUACGAUGUGGAUAAAGAAACGGGGUGUACAACGUGCCAAUGUGUGGAGUUAAAUGGGUUGUUUGAAAUGGAUAUCAAAUUUGAUGAUAGAACUGAAAAGAUGGCAAUGAGUCUUCUUAAUAACAAAGGGAAAGCUGCCGGUACAGCUAUAACAAAAUGGUUUUUGUGGCAAAACAAAGAAACCGGAAAUUGGCUGAUUCCUUACCGAUUGGACAAUAGCCUUUCCAAAACUGCAGUACAGGCGAUCGAAGAUGCAAUUGCUGAUUAUCAUGCCAACACAUGCAUUCAAUUCAUACCUUGGUCAGGAGAAAACAAAUAUAUUUUAUUUUUCGUUGGUGGCGGAUGUUGGUCGUAUGUCGGCGUUAGAUCAAGCGGUGUGAAUGAACUUUCAAUCGGAAGCGGCUGUGAAACGAAAGGAAUUGUAAUUCAUGAACUUAUGCAUGCACUUGGAUUUUGGCAUGAGCAAUCCAGACCAGAUCGUGAUAAUUAUAUCAAAAUUAUAUGGGAAAAUAUCCAAAAAGGUUUAGAGAGUCAAUUCCAAGUGCUGCACGAUGUCGACCAUUACGGUUCCGAGUAUGAUACAUUUUCUGUGAUGCAUUAUCCUAACUGGGCUUUUUCUAAAAACGGGAAAGACACCAUAACAAGAGCAGACGGGAGUGAAUUUGAGGAUUAUCAGCGUCAAGAAUUUGCUGCUUCAGAUAUCCAACAGAUAAAUACCAUGUAUCAAUGCAGUGGUGUUGGCAUUGGAAUUACUCCAUCUUCCGGAAAUUCAUCCACACCGGCACCAACGACGGCAGCGACUUCGACUGAAAGCACCUGUGCGGAUAUUUUGCCAAUCCGCAAAUGUGAGAAAGCAGAGAGGAAAAAUAAAUGCAAUAAGAAGAAAGUUUGGAAAAACUGCAUGAAAACGUGCGGACGUUGUAGCAACGCGCCCGAAAAGGAUGAAGAUUGUAAAGACGAUGAGCGUUAUGAAUGCAAACAAUUGGUUGACUAUUGCGAAAGAUCAGAUGACGUCAUGAAUGCUUGCCCCCUAUCUUGUGGCACUUGCAAGUAAACGAAGACUUGACCGCUCGUGUUAUUCAGAUUGCCAUUUGAAUCAAAUACAAUACAUACAUAUGAGACAUUUUCUUUCACUACAAAAUGAGACUGGUAUAAUCAAAUCAUCUUUUUAAUUUUUUUUUCGAUUAUCCAAUUAUAGUGAUAAAUUGUUAACGUUACCUACUUCACUUCAAACAAAGUGGAUAAUAGCGAGUUUAUAACAUGUAAUAUUGACGAUGACACCAUAAUAAGAAUUGAUGUAUUUCUGAAGUGUUGGUGUCAAAUAGAAUUAUCAGAUUUCUUUACAACAAUGUCCUUGCUGGUAUAUUUAUUAUAUAUAUCUGUAAAAUCUAUGACGUUCAAAGCUAUUUUUAGGAAAAUAUUCUUUUUUACAUCACUGAAACACGACGACAAUUCCAAAUACCUGUUUCGGUACAACCCAACACUCUUUAAAAUGGUAUUGCUCGAAAUAUAUUUUAAAACGUUACUGACAUUUAUUAUUACCAGAAUUACAUACAAUGAUAUAAACUGUAAUUAAACGAAGGGUAUUUUCAAAUAUAAA